UACCAAAUUGCCACUCUCUUCUUUCUUAAAUGGGAAGGAAGAGGAGCCGGGAUUCGCAUCGUAGUACCCGACAGCGCGUCGUCUCAUCACAGAGAGCAACUUCUCCCGUAAAAAUGUUGUAAUUUUCCGGGCGGAUUCUUAAACAACAACAACGUUGUAGUUCUAGGAUACUGCUACUGCUAGGUACUAAUAUCGCACGAGGUAAAAACUGAAUACUGGAGUAAUAAUUAGCCGGUAGUUAAGUUUGGUGGAAGAAAUAGGAAAAUAUUAUUGUUAUGGAUUACGAUUUUAGGAACAGAAAGAACCCCCCGCCUUACGAUUCUCAAAUUCCGAUGCACCGCCCCGCCACCGGGCCCUCCUCCACCCAUCCGACGUACGGUAAUCCCUCCCUCUACCCUAAGGUAGGCCAACUUCCUGGUGUCCCUGGUCGGAACCCCUCUUUUCAUCAUCCCACCCCGUCUCCGCCAUCUGCCGCUCCUGGAAUUGGGAUUAGGGUUGCUUUGAAGCCUGAGUAUCGGAUUUCACCACCGCCUCAUUUAUCCCCUCAAAUUGGAGACAUUCCUCGAAGCAAUUUCCUCUUUGAUUUUGAAUUUGAGAGGAAGGUUUUGGCUGAAGCAGAGAAAGAAAGCCAAAACUGGAGCAGGCUGGGGCUAGAAAAUCUUCCAUCUAAAACGCCAGAGGCAACAUCUUCUCUGGGCUCCACACCAGACUCGGUAGUGAGCAAAUAUAUUGCAUCAGGUCUAAGCAGGGAGGCUGUGCAUGUAGCAGUUGCAAAUUAUGGAGACAAUCCAAGCAAGGUCAGGGAAUUUGCCAACGGCUAUGCCCUCUUGCGAGAAAUGGGAUUCUCAUCAAAUAAUGUUGCAGAAGCUCUGCUCAUGUAUGACAAUGACACAGACAAGGCAUUGGCACACUUUCUUAACAGUUCAUCCUAGUUGUGGUUGUGCUAUACUUUGUUGGGUUGUCAAACAUUUAGGUUGUUGAGGAAAGUGAAAAGAGAGAUGUUUGGAAUAUACUAUAAAAUUCACUGUAAAGUAACAAAAAAAUGAAUUACUUGCCUCUGUAUAAUUCGCAUUAUAAUUUAUAAGUUUCUGAAUUGCACUCACGGAAGACAAAUUUUGUAAUAGGCCCCUCAUUGCCAAAUUCCACUAUUCUCCAG